AUGCCUACUCGUCAUCCUCCGCCACCAUAUUCUACGAGUCCAGUGCACGAUGCCAAGUUCCGCGACGACAGCCGGGGCGUCCGUCACCUCGUGCCACACAGUACCGGGCACGAUCCUCAAACUACACAUCGGCCUGACGAGACACCUCAAGUGCGACUUGGACAGCUGCAAGUCGCGAGGCUGCUGCGGCCCGGCAACAAAAUGACGUCGAGGAUGAUGGCCGCCCGAAACGUCGUGAAGGGAAGCUCCACGGCUUUGCCGCGGUUCUACUUCCUCUUUAUCAUCGCCAAGAAGGUACCCGGCAUAGGCAAGUAG